UGGAUUGGCCGCAGUGACUGUCCUGCUGAUAGCCGGGAUUGAGAUACCGGGUGCGGCUGCGCAAGGCUUGAUCAAUGCCGACCUGGCGAUUGCGGGUGCGCGGGACUUGAUUGACAGUGGUGAACGACCUGCCGAGUGCGGCUGCGCGGGACUUGAUUGACGUGGUGAUCGAGCUGCCGAGUGCGGCUGCACGGGAGUUGAUUGACAGUCGUGGUCGUGCUGCCGAGUGCGGCUGCGCGGGACUUGAUUGACCGUGGCGAUCGAGCUGCCGAGUGCGGCUGCGCAGGACUUGAUUGCACGAGCUAAGUGCGGCUGCGCGGCACUUGAUUGCACGAGCUGCCGAGUGCGGCUGUGCGGGACUUGAUUGACAGUGAUGGUCAAGCAGCCGAGUGCGGCUGCGCGGGACUUGAUUGACAGUCAAUCCUGGGCUCAAUGGGUUUGAGCUGCGGAGUUGCUGUUGUACUAUUCACUCUCGGCUGUAUUCUUAUUGCCAGAAUUUUCCUGGUACUCGGGAGAAAUGGAGCUCCCAAAGUGGGCAGGCGCGGCUCCGCCAGUGUGCUGGUGGUGCUCGGUUCCGGGGGACACACAACAGAAAUUCUCAGGCUGAUGGACAGCCUCUCUGAUUCAUAUGUCCCCAGGCAUUAUGUCAUUGCUAACACGGACAAGAUGAGUGAAGAGAAAGUUUGCAUCCUUGAGGCAUCCAGAACCAAAGGAAAUACUGACCCUCAGCAUACUAUUCACCGGAUUCCUCGAAGCCGUGAGGUCUGUCAGUCCUGGACAUCUUCAGUAGUAACUACGGUGUACUCGCUGCUGUAUUCUAUCCCACUGGUGUUCCAGCUGAAACCUGAUAUGGUGCUGUGUAAUGGUCCAGGAACAUGUGUGCCCCUUUGUGUAUCUGCUCUGCUGCUCGGAAUCCUUGGAAUGAAGAAAGUGUUGAUUAUCUACGUAGAGAGCAUCUGCCGAGUUGAAACCUUAUCUCUUUCAGGGAAGAUACUCUACAAUUUGUCAGAUUACUUUUUUGUUCAGUGGUCAGCGCUACUGAAGAAAUAUCCCAAAGCAAUCUACCUUGGACGACUAGUUUGAACAUCCGUGGGGGCUGGGACAAAGAUUGUGUGGAGAGCAUUUGUGCCCAGAUGUCAGGAAGCAGCAGUGAUGCAGAAUAAAUAUACAUUCCAGAUAUUGUUUGUUGGGUUUAAUCUCUGUCAGGGGAGCAUGUACACUGAAAGGAAAAGUUCUAGAUAAGCUUACGGUGUUGGGGAUAAUCUACUGAAUAUAAAUUUAUGGUCUUGCGACUGCUGCUAGGUCAGAGAAUGAAGUAUUAGCCAUGUACAGUAUGAGGGAAUCAAAUCCCAAAUAAAUAAUCUUAAGGUUAUUAUAACUGUUGGCUGCCUCACAUAUUUGGACUCAUUUUGUUUCACUAUUUUGCCAGUGAACUAAUUUUUAACAAUAGAAGAAAGCCAUUAGCCCCCAAUUUAAUUGAUUACCCUUUUCUUAUGUUUAGUUCUGUUCUUGAAUGGUACUGUACACUAAAAAUAAGUGUAUUUACUUUACAUUAUACUGAAUCCCUACAAAUAUUUUGCACAUCAGAGGUUAGAGUAGCAGUGCUAUUGAUUCCCAGCCAGAAUUCAUUUGAACUCUCCUUAUUUGAAGAACAUUUUUAACUUCUUAAGUUGUCAAGUGUUCAUGUUAUGAGCCACUUUUCAUGAUUGUAGUCUUUCUUCCUACAAUGUUUUCCAAAUUCUAAAAUUAAAAUCAACGGUAGUGGAAA